UUUUGAGGCGUUUACGCUCCGGUCUCCGCUCUCGAGAAUUUCGCGCAAAAAAUUUUUGAACGUGCUGGAAAUUUUCGAAACCCCUUUCAAUUAGUUUUUGCGGUUUUUCGUCCCCCCGGAAAGUGUCUCUCGCGUCCCGAGUGGUUGACCGUUUCUUCCGGUGACUCUGAUUCGCGGUUUCAUUAGUAAUCUCGAGUUCGGAAGCGGAAAAAGCGGUUAAGCCCUGAAUACAAAGUUGAAGCGAACUUUUUUCGGUUUCCGGCGACGACCCUGCAACCUGCGGGUGCCCAAGUGAAGGGACGAUCCGAUUCGGCCGCGCGAGGCCCUGUUUUUCAAAGGAACGGACCCCGCUAUGGUCAUGGAGGAAUACUACCAUGAGUGGCGGACUACCAAAACCACCCUGCGCCGGGUCCCCAUUAAGACAUCGUCUUCCACAAAGAAAACCACCAUGACGACGGCUCCAGCAAAAUUAUAUGGCAAAGAUUUAGAUGAAUAUGAGGAGUUAGAUGUGGAACAGUUACUCUCGCAACUAUCUCCAGAAGAAAUUAGUAUUCUUGCAAAAGAAGUGGACCCAGAUGAUAAUUUGUUGCCACCAUCACAAAGGUGUAGUUACGAAUGUGAGAAGAAGCCGACUGGACCACUAAAUAGGAAGAAACUAAUUGAACACAUUAACAAACAAGCUUUGGAAACGCCAGACAAACCAGAAUUCAAACCUUAUGUUGCGGGCACCAUUCGUGGCAAAAAGUGGAUUCCUCCUGAAAAUGUGAAUCAGAAGGAAGCAGACGAACAGAUAGCAAUUGAUCUGGGUGAUGAGUAUGAGCAAGCUCUAAGUCAAGCCACGCAAGAUGAAAUUAUCGACCUUGCAGCAAUUCUUGGAUUCCAUUCAAUGAUGAAUCAAGAUCAGUACCACGCGAGUCUGCUGAACAAAGGACAGCCCCUGGGUCUUGGUUGGGAUGGCAUCACGAAAGCGUCACAGCCCAAAGUCUUCCCCCCGGAACCCCCAAAUGAUACCAAUAUAGAGCUCAGUAUCCAGAUGGUCAAAGAGGACAAUUACGACCUCAAGCACUUGAACUGGAAUAAUAUUAAAAAUAUUUCUGACGAGAAGUUUGAACAGUUAUUUGAAGCGCUUAAAGAUAACACAAACUUGGAAACCCUAAGUUUAACAAAUACAGGUAUGACCGAUAGGACGGCCAUAAAAUUAGCGGAAGCUCUUGAAAAAAACUGUACUCUAAAAGUUGUAAAUGUUGAAACAAAUUUUAUUAGUCCCGAUGGUAUUGUACGACUUAUGAAAUCGUUGCUUAACCAAAGGUCUCUUGAAGAAUUCAGAGCAACCAAUCAGAGGUCACAAGUUUUAGGUAAUAAGAUAGAAAUGGAAAUUACAAAACUGGUCGAGUCCAAUCCAACAUUGUUAAGACUGGGACUUCACCUGGAGUACAACGAUGCGCGCCACCGCAUUGCAUCUCAUCUACAAAGGAAUAUUGAUAGGAACUGUCGACUCAACCCUGACGCCAAAGCCAGAUUUACAGUGAUGAUUGGUUGCGGGCCAAUGGGAGCGAUGGAGCUUCAGCAUAAGCUCUCCAUCCCUGCGCUCUAGCAACUUCACCCGCUGGGCGGGUCCGCGUGUAAAAUUUUAAACUUACUGUAAAUUUAAAUUUUUGUGCAUAAGUCGCUUGCGACGCAUGGGACACUUCUCUCGCACUUACACUGCUGGAUGGAUCACUUCCCGACGCUGAAUUCCAGUUUUCUUUUCUACUUUUUACGCAAUUGCCGCUUCAUGAAUCAAGUUUAUCAUAUUAUUGUCCACGUUUCAUUUCGAUGUCUACCUAUAAUUAUUCAAAGUCAGCUAUACAUUAAAGGGCCCCUACGCCCUGACUAAGGCUUUUCGUUGUAAGUGCAAUCAAGUAUAAUUUAUUGUAAAUAUUUGUAAUAUUCAAUUUUUGAGAACAAUAAAAUGCAUAAACAUUUUGUAACAA